UCAAGCUUCUUCAAUUAUUGGAGACGCGUUCCUUGGGUGCCUUUCCUGCGCUCCUUUCAAUCAAGUAAACGAUUCCCAUCCAUCACAUCUCUUCAUAUCAAGUCUUCCCUCCUCACCAAGUCCACGAAUCAGUAAUAUCCUCUGUUCUCCUCUUCGACCGCUCGAAUUCCGAACCUCUCGAUCCCUAAGUCGACCAGGCAUCCCGCCAGCUGCAACCAUGAUCGGCCCGGGAAAGGGCAUGCUAGGUGAGGAUGGCAUCCACGUCGACAUGAAUCACCUUAAGUCGGGAGAAGUCAACUUGGGCACAUCGAUUAUGGCAAUCAACUUCAAAGACGGUGUGAUUCUAGGAGCAGACAGCCGGACAACCACAGGCGCAUACAUCGCAAACCGAGUAACGGACAAACUCACACAAGUCCAUGACACCAUCUGGUGCUGUCGGUCAGGAUCAGCUGCCGACACUCAGGCCGUCGCAGAUAUUGUGUCAUACCAUCUGGGUAUGUAUGGUAUCAUGAACAACGAGCCACCUACCACCCAGACUGCUGCUGCGCUGUUUCAAGAGCUCUGCUAUGAGAACAAGGAUCAAUUAAGUGCUGGCAUGAUUAUUGCAGGCUAUGACAAACGCAAUGGUGGCCAAGUUUACUCGAUACCGCUCGGAGGCUCGCUGCACAAGGGCCCUUACGCUAUUGGAGGAUCAGGAUCAACCUACAUCUACGGAUUCUGUGACGCACACUGGAAGGAAGACAUGACUGAAGAAGAAGGAGUACAAUUCGUCAAGGAGGCUUUGAGAGAGGCUAUCAAAUGGGAUGGCAGCUCUGGAGGUGUGAUUCGAAUGGUGGUCUUGACGGCAAAGGGAGCCCAGCGGCACCUAUACCUUCCAGACCAGGACUACAGAGGGCCUGGGACGAAAUAAACGGACAAGCAACAGGCGUUGAGGAUCAGGAUGGUUUCUCAGGCGAGACUCUGGCCUUCAGGCCGGUUGAGAUACAAUUAGCAUCGCAGCCCCAAAAUUCAUUAGAGCUGAACAAAGGGAUCCAGGGCCUCUUUUUCAGGAC